CUGCCACAUACCUUUACUUAAAAAAAGAACCUGAUUCUCUGAACACGAGGCACCAAUUACUUUCUCUGCCUUCUUUUCCACUGAACUCAACCAAAAACCAAAAACCAAAAGCCAAAACCAACCACUGUGUUUGUAGUCUUAACAUGUAAACAAGUAAGCACCGUACAAUCUCACUUCCUUUUUGUCUCUCUCAACCCUUCCACUUCAACUUCAACUUCAACUUCACCGGACAUUACAUCAAACACCUUCCAUACCACUCAACCUUCUCUUUCACUUAUCACUAUUUUCGCUACGAUAUUAUUCCUAUAACUUAUUAUUAUUAUUGUUAUUAUUGUAGCUCUUGUUGUUUGUUUGUUAUUUUUCCGUGGAGAAAUGGACAAAGCUCGAAACGUGAGGCGUGGAAGCAGUGUGUUCUCAAGCACGAACAAGCGACGACACAAGCACAAGCACAAACACAACCUCCUCGCUGUUUUCAGCCGUGGCGACCUUCGAUUCUCGGAGAAAUUGAAGAAGGAAAAGGUGAGAAGCUUGAGUGCGGUGGGAACGGCGUCGACGAGCUUUCAAAUGAGUUGCCAUGUCUCUCAACAGCAACAACAACAACAAACACGUGACUCUUCUUCGGCUCUCAUUGCCACCACCAAGAGAUUCAAGCUUCAUAGAAAUUUUUUUAAUGACUGCAACGGUGCCUCUGUUCCACGGAAGCUACGUUCAGCCACGAAGAAACGGGGUCGCGAAUCCAUGUUACUUGAUUCAGAAAAGGUGAAGAAUAAGGUGGAUGGAAUAGAAUCUCUCAAAAAGGAUAGUGUAAAGAAGUCCAAAAAACAAGGAAUAAGACGACAAUGGACCCCAAGAGAAGUUGUUUCUGGGCCCAUCACAAAAGAUGAGGAAGAGGUUGCUGAGACUCUCUAUGCUUUGGCUGGAAUGUUCCCUGACAAUGGCUCCAAUCACAAUAAUAAGGAACUAGAAGGGGAAUCUUUGCCAGAUAACUCGUCAGUUUUGCAAAACUUGGAGGAUAAUGCUAGUGCUGCUCUUGCUCUGGAAGAUUCUAUUCUAGCCUCAGCAACUAUUCAGGGUGCAAGCGCUUAUGGUCAUGAGAGUUCGCCUUUAGAAGCUUCAAAAAAAAGUUGUUUGAAUGAAGAUGUUGGUCAAGAACAACAGCAGCCUGCUUUUCCUGAGAGUACGACGCCCUUGAUGCCAUCUCAUGGCACUUCUCGAACAAUAAAUAACCAGAACAUGCCUAGUGUGAUUGUUAAGAGUGAAAAUGGCAACAGAGUUGCAUUGCACGACUCUGAGUUAAGUCUAGCAAUGGGACUAAAUAUGCCCAGACAAUCAAGGAUUUCUCAAGUUGAGAGGAAACCACACGUGGAAUUUGAGGCCAGAGAAGUUGAUUGCAAGCAACAGCAUAUGAUCAAGGAACAAAAAGGAAACGAAGGCCUUGCAUUGUGGCCAGGCUUGUCUCCAUUGGCACCAACUAGCCAGGCUUAUCUUCAGUCUUCUGCUAUUAAAGCUCCUGAUUGGCUUGAAGCUGCAAUCCGUGCCUCCAAACUGGAUUUGAUGGAAACUUCAGCUUGUUCGUCAAGUGGGAGGGUUUUUAUUCCCAAGAGAUCAUGGAAGAAGUGUGCAGCUCAUAUUCACAUCAGUCAUAUAAUCAAGAGUUUAGAGAUGCCAAAAAGACAGGUUAUCAAAGAAACUAGGCUUUUUGACUGUCAUCAACCGAGAGCACAUGAAGGAUCAAAGCGUGGAGUUCUUUUACAAGCGCACAGCUUAAACGGAAUGAAAAAUGGAGUUACUUCUACUGUGACGAAUCCCAAUGAGAGUAAGAAUAUUAUUCUCCAGCAGCAAUGUCAUUAUCGAGAGAUAUCACAGUCUGCUCCAACACCUGUGGUUUAUGGCCCUCAAAAGCAAAAUUUCAACUUCUUGUCCUUGUCAGCAGGAAGUAAUGGGUUAAAGGCCGACAAUAAUAAUAAUAAUAACAAAAUUGGAAGUAGGUUGGAACCAUUAUCAAAAUUGCAAAUGCCUUAUUUUCAGUCACUAGCACAGCAGCAUGGGGUGGUCAUGCCAAUUCCUGUAGCUCAGAGUCAGUAUGCCUCAACUUCUUUCCUUGAUCAGCUUUCUGUAGCAGGACCACAGGUUCGGUUGCAGCAACCUCAUUAUUUUGGUAACCCGUUAUGUGGAACUAAUUAUAGUUCAACGCUCUCACAUAAACCAGAUCAUCGAAGCUUUUGGGGGUUGCAACAAGCAGAACAAAGUAGGUCCACAGUAAAUUUCAAUAUAAUGAGGACCCAAUUUCCUAAUUGGCAAAGUGCAAGGCAUGACUCUUCUGCAAUGAAUCCAUGUUCCCAAGCCAUUCUUCCCUGUUCGUCUGCAUCACAAGAUACGUUGGGAUCCAAGAUUUCUUCAAUCCCUGCCCAACAGAAGCAGCUCCUUGCACCCUUCCAAGACAAAUGGACUAGACCUUCAUCAUCCCCCUUCAUCAUAUGAAGAAACCAGAGACACACUCCCAACUAGUGCAACAAUGUGGCUGCCAAUGCGAUUGUAAAGUCAUGACCAACAUCAGUACUACGAUUCAUUGUUUUAUAUUUCUACACGGGCAGCUUCUAGAGCUUCACCUUUCAUAUUAAAAGUAACAUAGAACUCUUUAUUUGCGCCAAAAUAUCCCCCAACCAAACUUAGAAGGAUUGCCCCCUAAUCAUUUUUCAUUUUGCAGGACACUAGCACCAUCUAACUGAAAAUAAAACACCAAUAUCUGUUCCCUAAUGGUUCAUCCCUACCACCAAAAUUAAUCGAUUUUCAUUGCUUAUACA